AACUUUGUUACCAGGCACAGCAGUGUCUCCUCCUGCACAGCGUGGCAAAAGAGAAGCAUUUGGCAGUUAUGGUUGAUCAGCGUUUCUUUCAUCCUCUCCGGCGCUUUAGUGACGACGAACGUGCUUGCAUUGAAUAGAUCCGAUAUUUCCUAUUUCGCUUUUUCUUUUUUAACGGAUUAAAAAUUUUAAAAAAAAAGAUGCGCUGAAAUACCUAAACGAGCCAUCUCCAUCAAUGUGCGUGAGAUGACAUUGAGGAUACCUUAGCAGGACUGUGAGCAUCGGCCAUCAUUUGCAGGAAAAUGCAUCUUUGGAUUUCAUAUGUUUUGCUAAGUGCAACCUCAGUGUGCACUGUUGAGAUGUUUGGCGGUUAUGGAGAAAUAUGUCAAAGACUGUGUGCCUGUGAGGAGAGAGAGGGGAUACUUACAGUGAGCUGUGAAAACAGAGGAAUUGUAAGUCUCUCAGACAUAAGCCCGGUGUACUUCUCCCAGUAUCAUCUGCUGCUUACGGGGAAUCUUUUGAAAAAGCUUUCUGCCAAUGAUUUUGUUGAGUAUAAAGGACUUACAAUAUUACAUCUAGGAAAUAAUGACAUAUCUGAGGUUGAAGCAGGAGCUUUUAAUGGACUUCAGGGAUUAAAACGAUUACAUCUCAACAAUAACAAAAUUGAUGCCUUGAAGGAAGAGUUUUUCCUUGGCCUUGACAGUCUGGAAUAUCUACAGAUUGAUUAUAAUUAUAUCACUCAUGUGGCACCGAAUGCCUUCAGCAGACUUCGACAUCUGGAGGUCCUGAUUCUAAAUGACAACUUAAUAUCUACUCUGCCUGUGAACAUUUUCCAGUAUGUGCCAUUGACUCAUUUGGACUUAAGGGGGAAUCAGCUGAAAGUGCUUCCCUAUUCAGGUCUGCUGGAGCACAUGAACAGCGUGGUGGAGUUACAGCUGGAGGAGAACCCGUGGAACUGCUCCUGCGAGUUGAUUGCGCUCAAAACCUGGCUCGAGAGCAUAUCGUACACAGCUUUAGUCGGCGAUGUUGUUUGUGAAUUCCCUUUCCGGCUUCAUGGGAGAGAUCUUGAUGAGGUUUCAAAACAGGAAUUGUGCCCGAGGAGAGCCAUUGCUGAAUAUGAGAUGCCACCCCUGUCACAUCUGAGCACUGAUGCAUACUAUAGGACCACACCAGCUCUUGUCACAGCCUCCUUCACCUCAUCUGGGAUAGCACGGUCCUCAUCAAGACCCACUAGGGGACCUCGCCAGUCAGGAAAAUUAAAAUCAAGACCCACUGCUCGCAUCCCAUCUAAUAAACCACAAAAUUAUGGCCAAAUUAUUUCCUAUCAAACCAAAUCUCCCGUGCCUUUAGAUUGCCCAACUGCCUGCACCUGCAAUCUUCAAAUUUCAGACCUUGGCCUGAAUGUGAAUUGCCAGGAGCGCAAGAUCGAGCAGAUCUCUGACUUAAAUCCCAAACCUUACAAUCCCAAAAAGAUGUAUCUCACAGGGAAUUAUAUCACUGUGGUGCGUAGAUCUGAUUUUAUUGAGGCAACUGGAUUAGAUUUGCUUCAUCUUGGUAACAAUCGAAUAUCUCGCAUACAUGACAGAGCUUUUGGCGAUUUGACACAUCUAAGAAGACUAUACCUUAAUGGGAAUUUGAUUGACCGUCUUACAUCUGAUAUGUUUUAUGGACUGGAAAGCCUACAAUUCUUAUAUUUAGAAUACAAUGUCAUUAAAGAGGUUGCCUCUGACACCUUUCAGCAUGUACCCAAACUCCAGCUUCUUUUUUUAAACAAUAACCUCUUGAAGACUUUACCAGUGGGCACCUUUAACGGCCUAACAUUAGCCAGAUUAAAUCUCCGCAACAACCAUCUGCGAUAUGUGCCAGUCAGUGGAGUGCUAGAUCAGCUUACAGCACUGGUGCAAGUCGAUUUGUUCGAGAAUCCCUGGGAUUGCUCUUGCAGCAUACUGGAGUUGAAGACAUGGCUAGAGCAGCUUAGCACAGGCACAGUUGUAAACAAUGUCAUCUGUGGUUCGCCCAAGAGGCUAGCUGGGGAGGACAUGAGAUACAUUAAGACAGCUAAUUUCUGCCCUAAUAACUCUGAUAUACUUGCCUCCAUUAUCCCACCCUCUGAAGAAUCAUUUCCAGGCAGCACUAUCACCAUAGAAACAUCCUUGGACUCUGACACACACUACAGUGCCAUUCCUUUAUCUGUGAUGAUUCUGGCGCUCCUUCUCAUGUUCAUUGUGUCUGUGUUUGUCGCCGCGGGAUUGUUUGUGGCAAUGAAAAAGAGACAUCAGAAGAGUCAAAAUGAGCAGAACAACUCCAUGAAUGCUUGUAUUAGCUCUCUCAACAUGGAAUAUGGCCUUUACAAAAAAGGAUCCAUUCCAAAAGUCAGAACAUCUGCUGGACAUGUAUACGAGUAUAUUCCACCUUCCACAGAACCAACAUGCAGAACUACUGCCCAAACGCCAACUGACAGAAAAUCAGUGGAUGGAUUUAGAGACUUUGAUGAGUUGAGUGGCGCUUUUCUGGGUAACUCGGAUGAAGAGGCAGCCAGUAAUGUACUAAGCUCGGAAUACAGUGCCACUACUCCAGAGCCUCUUAACAAGCCCUCCACCCCACGCCAAGAUGAUCCAUAUUACUACAGAGAUGUGCUUGAGCCUGACAAGACCACACGCUACAGCAAUACGUUACCAUGCAGACAUACAGCACAUUCAUCCAGUCAGUAUACCUCAGACUUUGAUGCAAGGCAUCAAUACACACACCCAGAGAGAAUACAACAGACAAUACUCUAUUGUGCGGCACCAAGUACUGUUUAUGUGGAGCCUAACAGGAGUGAAUACUGGGAACUGAAAGCAAAGCUUCAUAUCGAUCCAGAUUACCUUGAGGUUCUUGAGAAACGAACAACAUUUACACAGUUUUAAAGGGACUCGGCCCCUGGACAUGAGAGUGGACACAUUGGUGCAAUGUAUCCAUUUUAAUCAGGAAUUAGACCAUGUUUAAAACAAAACAGACAUAACUAUUUUAACACCUUUAUUAGUACAGUGCAUUGUAAACUACAAAAGGCAUUUAUGGGAAUCAUGCUUUACAGGAUUGAGUAAUAAAAGGGAACACUGCUCAUUUUUAAGUAUCACUUAACACUUUAUCCCUGUGGUGUUUAACAGUUUAGAUUCAAUUUGUAAAUAUGAACAAGCAGCCAGAGAUUCGGGGCUCUUAUGACUCAUCCUAUCGUGAAAUACACCCUGAAUUGACAAUAACAUGAGCUUUAACUGUUAAAUUAGCUGCAUUUCACAAGUGUUAAUGAACCAUGCAGAUGAUGUUCUCAUCCCAGAAUAAACCAGUUUUUUGUUACAGACUUAUUCAUGGUGACCAGUUCUGUCUUUUCAAAUUUAUUCAAAAUGAACAUGAGGCUUGAUCAAAUAUAUUCUACAAGUAAAUGCAUCUGUAACCAUGAAUUUGACCUGUGCGUAGGUGUAGACAACAGUCACCUAGCCCACACAUCUGUUAGGAAAUUGUGCUCCGAUGAAAAAUGGGGUCAGACACAUUAAGCGAGGUACUUUGUCCUCCGUGAUGCACAGCUCUGGGAUGAAAUGCAGAAAUGAUUAAAACAAAUUCUGAUAUACAGCAGUAUCACAAAUCACUGAUUAUGAGGUCAGUAAAUCUGUGCUCUAUCGUUUGCAGAUUGGGAGAGAAUAACUCAUGUUUCCUAAAAAUAUACUGAACUGACCGAGUGCAUAUGGGGUAAUCUGUGAAAAUCAGUGGUGUUCCCUCAAAGCUUCCCUCAUCAAACCGAUCAACUUUUGGAUUAUGGACACAUGUUGCACUUGUAUUGAGUUCAAUAUUAAAUGUAUUGUAACUAUAAUUGUGGAUUAUAAGCGCAAUGUAUUGUAACUGAAAGAAAAUUUGCUUUAAUUGUAGAUCUACAUCAUAUGUCACAAACAUAUGUGUAGGAAUACCUUUUCGGGCAUAUUACAUAAAAAAAACAACUUGAAAACACACUUGUUGAUAAUGGACAAAUUGUAAUAAGUAGCUUUAUUUAUCUGUGCCACUACCAAAGUACUUCACAGGAAAUCAGCUCAUAAUAUAUGCAAACUUUGACACUCACAAGGGUUCAUCAAAGCACAAUCCUGUGUGACAUUGCACCCUUAUAACCCUUUUUCUUUAUUAUAAGCCUGACUACACCUACAAAAUUUGUCUUCCGGUUACAAUACAUUUGAGUAGAUUUGCAAUACAUUAAGAGUCAAUAUCAUUCAUAUACUUCUGUCUGAAAUUUAGCUGAAAUUUUGUUGGCUUCAGACCCAUAUAAAACAUUUUAAAUGACUGCAUAUUUUUAUAUCAACAAGCAAAUAUGGAAAUUAAGCAUUUUUAGUAUUUCUUUAUUUCUUUCUUAUUUUCCUUUUACAAAAAAAUGCACUAUUGACCUCCAGAGGUCAACAAUGAUGUCACUUUCUGAAAUGCACAGUAUGGUAACACAUGUGCAUAUAGCCAUAGUAGUAGGUUUGAUAACUGCAUACACAAAAGAAACACAUAUUAGAAAAUCUUGCACUAUGCAUAGAUAUAGAGUAUACUUAGACAAUCUGUACAAAAUGCCCAAUACUCAUCCCAUCAAUCUCCAACCAACACUCAUAAACAUAAUAUUUAAUAAUAUUAUCACAUCCCAUAAAUGCUCAUUUGAAAUUUAAUGCACAUGAAUAUUCAGAGGUACUUUUGUACCACAUUUUGGAUAAUUUGUUUUUUUCUAAAACUUAAUGUAUUUUUAAUUCCAUGUGUUUUCAGGGGAAUACUGAGUGUAUUAGUGUGUAUUGCAUUACAAUGACAACUCUGUCUCAUUACUUGGCAUUGUUUGUCUCAUCUGUAUGGUGCAGUGUCCUGUAAAAUCUGGCAAUUUGACUUCAGUUAGCCGUUUCAUUUUCUCUCUUUUUAAGAAGGGAUUGAUGGGUAGUGUAACAAACGUGUAAAGGCCUGCAAGAGCUUUAGCUAUUAGAUUGAAAAGCACAACAAAUGAAUGCAGCAGCUGAAUGGAAAGAGUCGUCUUUAUGCAUAAAAAUGUUCUAUGCUCUGAAGCAAACUAAGCACAUCAUAAUGCAGUCUAACCAAUUUCUGGGUCAAUAGUGUAAGCCAAGAAAUGUGACUUUCCCUGAGAGUUUAAUAGACAGUAAAUUCACAUCAUAUGCAGUAUUAUGCACUGAACCUGUCAUCUUAACUCAGCUAAUUAGAGGACAUGGUGUAUCUGGACCCUGUCUGCAUGUCACCACAUAUUACACUACAGCAUUAGUCAUGCUGUUUAUCAAGAAUACAGUCUUGGUUUGUUGCCUUUCACAUGUUCAGAGUCAUUUUGUGAUUAUAUUGUCACUUGACUUGUCUCUGCUCUUUGGAAAUUCAUCUGAUCAAAUGAAAUUAAAUCUACACAGCGAAGCAUGAUGUAAACCUGCACAGGUUUGUACAUUAAAAUGUGUUACAUGUGGAAUUUUUUAAAUCAGUAUAUUGCUGUGAACUUUGUGGUGAAAACACUGUAAACCUGUAAAACAUACAGGUACACACACAAUUAUUUUUUAUUUUUUAUUUUUUUAUUGUGAACAGUGGCUGACAUUUAGUUAACUGUUUCAGUUCUCAAAUUGAUAAUUCUUUUUAAAUGUGUGGUAAAUUUUGUACAACCAAACUACAUGCAAGUAGAUGAGUGAAUAGCACAUCACAAAAGGGCAAAUAAGGUAGCUUGCCAUUGCAUUUAGAGAAAAUCCUACUAAGAUCACUUUUAACAUUGUAUUUGUUAUGAUGUUUCUUUACAUUUGUAACAAUCUUGCAAAGGCAACUGUGUAAUGGAAACGCAGUAUUUACUGUAUAUAACAGAUAUAUAUGUUUUUUUCCAGCUUUUUGUAAGUAAUAACCAAAAGCAGAUUUUGUUUUUCUCACGUAAGACUGAUAAUCCAAAAAUAUGUUCAAUUGAAAUGUGACUUUUCUGUGUAUAUGUGCAAAUGUUUAAUUUGCAAAGAAGAAGAGAUCAAGUCAGUGUCUUAAUCUUAUUCAGAUUCUUGCUUUUGUUUGGUUUUCAUAUGAAACAGUGAUUUUCUAUGUCAACCUCGGAUUGUAAAUAGAACACUUCAUCAGCAUAUCCAUGCAAACUUGCAGAGGCUCUGAAAAGCAAAAACCUGGUCUCUUAUUGCAAAAACACAGUGCAACUAGGAAUUUGUGAGGUAAAUAUAUCUACAAUGUGCUGUUUCUUUAGUUGU